AUGUCUGACGACAACUCUCGCAAGGACGGCUCGGCCAACUGGUCCAACAAGGACGGACACUUCCGUCGUCAGGAAUCCAGCUUCCGCAACUUCAUCGAGAAGGGCGGCAAGCACGAGCCUGAAGUCGGCCGCUACCAUCUCGUCGUAGCACUCGCCUGUCCCUGGGCCCACCGUACUCUGAUCGUUCGCAAGCUCAAAGGAAUGGACAAGGUUCCCGACCUUCUUCCUGUCCAUGUCGUCGACUCGCUCCUUGGCGCUGAAGGUUGGAGUUUCCUUCCUUACGAAGAGUCCGCUGGUCUUGGCAUCCCCGGCACAGGCAACCACAUCCCCGGUCAGGAGGACAAGAAACGCAUUCGAGGUCUCUACCUUGCUGCUGACCCCGAGUAUUCGCAGCGCUGCACCGUCCCCAUCAUUUGGGACACCAAGCUCAACACCAUUGUUAACAACGAAUCGAGCGAGCUCAUCCGCAACCUUAACACCGCCUUCGACGAGUUCCUCCCCGAAGAGCACCGCGGUAUCACCUACUACCCCGAAGAACACCGUUCCGACAUCGACGCUUUCCACGAAUGGGUCUACCCUAACAUCAACAACGGCGUCUACAAGUGCGGUUUCGCUACCACCCAGGAAGCGUACAAAUCCAACGUCGGCCCGCUCUUUGACUCGCUCGAUCGCGUUGAGAAGAUGCUGGCGGACGGUCGCACCUACUUGUACGCUGACAAGCUUACCGAAGCCGACAUUCGUCUCUAUACCACCAUUGUGCGCUUUGACCCAGUCUACUUUACUCACUUCAAGUGCAACUACCGCACCAUUCGCGACGGAUAUCCACUCAUCAACAAAUGGAUGCAGAACCUCUACUGGAACAACCCUGCUUUCAAGGACACGACCGACUUUGACAGCAUCAAGGCUCACUACUUCCAGAGCCACACUCAGAUCAACCCCCAUCGAAUCGUUCCUGAGGGUCCCAUUCCUCACAUUCUUCCUCUCAGCAAGUAA